AUGCUUCCUUCUCUCCCCCAAACCGCGUGUACAUACUCGAUUUUCGACUUGCUUGUGUGCUCUCCACCCACCCUCCUCUCACUUGUCAACCACUUUAUCUUGCCACGCUCGCUACCGUCGCCACUCAUCCCAGCAGAUCACUCGCGUUGUGGCGCGUGGCAAGCGCGCAUGGAGAACGACGCCGUCUCCAACGAACGCAGUUUCGACAAGGUCGAUCGCGGGAGCAUCGCGAGUUCUUUACCGUUCUUGAAUGUGACUAUGCCAGAGCAACAGACAGCGACGGCAGCCCCCAUCGACGCACCUGACGACAUAGACUCGCUGGCAGAAGAAUCGGAGAACGCGACACGCUCGCCGAAUGCAACGACCACGGCGAGCACGCCAGCGACAGGCCCGAAGGUCAAAGGAAGCGCCCGAAGCAAGAAGAAGCGGUGCGCCACCGCACCACGGGAGACAGCGGGGCGCAAAGUAAGGUCAGAGCCGGCUGAAGAGUCUACCCUGGUGGCAGCCAUGCCAGCGCACUUCGCGGAGCACGGCACCACCGGCACCCACAGCAGCAGCCAAGACGAGUCCGAUUUGCUGACCAAACGGAGAGACGAGACGCGACGAGGGAGCGAAGGGCCAGAGCGAAACUUGCCGACCGCGGAGGGCGUGCUGACGCGCCGCGCCAUGAUGGAAAAAGCGGAGGACGCCGCAGCGCUGCAGCAAGAGAAGCCGCGCCCUGACGGGGCCAGCGACACGGCAGCGAGCAAGCUUGAGGGGUCUGAGGAGCUGUUCGAUGAUGCGCGCCUCCACGAGGUUUGCGGCAGUCGGUCUCGCUCGCACUCCACGGCGCCGCACACCCCGACUGUACUCAACCCCGCCUCUGCGUCGUCGCUGUCUGCACUCGGUACCAAGCAGGAAGAGGAGGAGGUGUGGGAGGCGGCGGUGCAGGCGGCCAUCGAUACCCAGGAGCGCCAGCUGCGCCACACCUUACUCAGCGUUUUCCCCCCUGAGCUACUCCGGGGCGCCGAAUGGGAGCGGUGCCUCGCCAAGGAGGGGGACCUCCGGGGUGGCACCGAAGCCGCUGGUGCGAGGAACGUACAGGAUGCGCGAUCCCAGCCGGUGCGCACCACUCCAACGCCGUUUCUGUCCUCUUCCCUGUCCCACCGCCUCAGCCCCGAGCCACUCCUGCCGCUGCUGAAGGCACUGUGCGAGGACAAAGCCUAUGUACACGGCGCGUGGUGCCGCUACGAGGACGACCUUGCCGUCCGCCGCACCCAGAACAGCAUCCAGCGCAAGCGGCAGCGCUACACAUUUAACAAGGGUGGUCGAAAAGCCUCCUCGAGCUGGCCAACCGCUGCAGCACGGCGCCCAGAUGGCGACGGCGGUGAUGAUAGUAGCGCUGGUGAGGAAAAAGCUGCGGAUGAAGAUGAGCUCCAGCCGCCAGAAUCGCAUUGGGUGGAGGCGCCGCCCGCCUUCACGGGAGGCCCGCGGCCGUUGCCGACGAGUGCCACUCACCUCGCGCCUGACAGCGCCGUCAUCGGCGGAUUCCAGUGGACACCGUGGCGCUUCUACCGAGCAAAGCGGCGGCGUAACUCACGAAGACCGACGGUCGGUGGCGCGUCCCCCGCAUCAGCGAGGUCCGCAACCGCGGCCAGUGCCGUUCAGCCGGACCUCUUCUCGGCUGUCUCCAGCAACGCACCUGUCAGCAGUGGUGGCGUGCCCUCUCUCGCCUGCUCCGAGGUGCCCUCUCUGCCAGUUCUUCACGUAGAGGCACACGUACCUGAAAGCGCGUUGGCUGUCGUGUCUCCGAUGACGCCGGAGGAGCGAAAAGGGUACGCACGCUACGUGAUGAGCAGUGGGAAGCUGCGCCACGACUGCCGCGACCCGUACGCCUUUCUCGUUUCUCGUGCGAAGGAGAUGCGCAUCCAGUGGAAGCGCCAGCAUCCGAUGGACUGA